AUGGCUGACAAUAAAGUUGCUAAACAAUCAUUGUCUUGUGCUACAGUUUUUAUCAAACGACUUACUAAACGUAUACCAAUGACUCAGGUACAUGAUACUAUUAAUACACGACAUGUUUUGAAACCAGCAUUAAACUGGUAUCUAAUAACUGGUAUAGGUCUUGGUGGUAUUAUUGGUUCAGGAAUACUUGACUUAAGUGGAAAAGCUGCUGCAGAAUAUGCUGGUCCAUCAGUAAUUAUUUCGUUUAUUGCCAGUGGAAUUGUCGCUUUACUAGCCGCUUUAUCAUUUUCUGAAUUAGCGGCGAUGAUGCCUCUGUCCGGUGCAGCCUAUACAUAUACUUAUGCAUCUUUAGGAGGUAUACAAUCAAAAAUUAAUGUUAUAAAAGAUCUUUUUUUGUCCUUCUUUGUAGAAUAUGCAGCUUGGUUUAUUGGAUGGAAUUAUGCACUUACUUAUCAAUUAGCUGCUUGUACAGUAGUAGUUAGCUGGAGCAAAUAUGUUACCCAUUUUAUUUACGUUGUAUCUAAUUAUAAUGCAACAACCUCAUUAAUCCAAGCACCAGUAGCUUGGAGUGAUGAUACAGAAAGUUUUUCAAUUACUGGCGGUGCAAUCAACUUACCUGCAAUUGUUAUUACUAUUGCUAUUACAAUUCUUCUUAUGAGUGGAAUUUACGCAACAGCUAUAGUCAAUCUUGUGUUAGUAGUAAUCAAAAUUAUUAUUCUAUUGAUAUUCAUAUUUUCAACUUGUAAAUUUGUAAAUGUUGAUAAUUAUCAACCGUUUAUUCCAUCAAAUCAAGGUUCGUUUAGUCACUAUGGAGCAUCAGGUACUGCAUAUGCAUGCACAUACGUCUUCUUUGCUUAUGUUGGCUUUGAUUCAAUUGCAACAGUAGCUGAAGAAGCAAAAGAACGAACACGAACACUACCAUAUUCAACUGUAGCAUCGGUACUAAUCUCAUUCCUAAUCUAUAUAGGAGUUUGUACUGUUAUGGUUGGACUUGUACCAUACCAACUUCUAAAUGUAGACGAUCCUCUUUCUACUGCUUUAAAGGCUACACCUUAUGGUGUUUGGUUACCGGCUCUUAUGGAUCUAGGUGCUAUUGCUAGUCUUACAUCUGUGGCACUAACGGCCUUGCUUUCACAAACUCGAAUAUUUUAUGCAAUGGCUAAGGAUAAUUUAUUACCAUCCUUCUUUGCUAAAAUUCAUUCUAGGACUGAAACUCCAUGGGUUUCUACAAUCAUUAGCGGUAUAUUUUGUGCCGUUUUUUCGGGUAUUUGUCCAGUAGAUAUUGUUGGUCAAACGUCAUCAGUUAGUGCUCUAUUUAUAUACUUUUUUGUACAUAUUGAAGUUCUAGUCAUGCGCUAUACACAUAAAGGUUUGCAACGACCAUUUCAAACCAUAAUUGAUCCGAACCUUAUUGCAGUAGUAGGUGCAAUACUAUGUAUACUAUUCUUAAUACCUACAAAAAAAGUAACAUGGUUUCAGUUUCUUUCGUGGACUGUAUUAGGUCAAACUUUUUACUUUUGCUUCGGAUAUUGGCAUUCUAAGAGACGACAACCACAACGACUCGAAUCAAUUAAUAGUGCAGCCGAGCGUGUAUCAACAAUAGGACUUGUGUUAGCAAACGAUCCACAGAAUGAAUUCGAAUUAAAUUCAAAUAACAAUGCAAAUAGUGAAUCUGAAUCAGAUUGGAACAACGAAGCAACUGACCAAAUAAUUGAAAAUACAAUUGAUGAUACAGUCAUAAUGAGGUUUUGA